CUCUGUCACCGGAUCAGGGUGCAGCAGGUAUCACAUACUGGAUUCACUCUGCUCCACAGCUCUGUCACUGGAUCAAGGUGCAGCAGGUAUCGCAUACCGGAUUCACUCUGCUCCACAGCUCUGUCACCGGAUAAGGGUGCAGCAGGUAUCACAUACUGGAUUCACUCUGCACAGCUCUGUCACCGGAUCAGGGUGCAGCAGGUAUCACAUACUGGAUUCACUCUGCUCCACAGCUCUGUCACUGGAUCCAGGUGCAGCAGGUAUCACAUACUGGAUUCACUCUGCUCCACACCUCCGUCACUGGAUUCAGGUGCAGCAGGUAUCACAUACUGGAUUCACUCUGCUCCACAGCUUUGUCACUGGAUCAAGGUGCAGCUUGCAGCUCACACUGGAGUCACUGUGCUCCACAGCUCUGUCACUGGAUCAAGGUGGAGCAGGUAUCACAUACUGGAUUCACCCUGCUCCACAGCUCUGUCACCAGAUCAGGGUGCAGCAGGUAUCACCUACUGGAUUCACUCUGCUCCACAGCUCUGUCACUGGAUCCAGGUGCAGCAGGUAUCGCAUACCGGAUUCACUCUGCUCCACAGCUCUGUCACCGGAUAAGGGUGCAGCAGGUAUCACAUACUGGAUUCACUCUGUUGCACAGCUCUGUCACCGGAUCAGGGUGCAGCAGGUAUCACAAACUGGAUUCACUCUGCUCCACAGCUCUGUCACUGGAUCCAGGUGCAGCAGGUAUCGCAUACUGGAUUCACUCUGCUCCACAGCUCUGUCACCGGAUCAGGGUGCAGCAGGUAUCACAUACUGGAUUCACUCUGCUCCACAGCUCUGUCACCGGAUCAGGGUGCAGCUGGUAUCACAUAUUGGAUUCACUCUGCUCCACAGCUCCGUCACUGGAUUCAGGUGCAGCAGGUAUCACAUACUGGAUUCACUCUGCUCCACAGCUCUGUCACUGGAUCAGGGUGCAGCAGGUAUCACAUACUGGAUUCACUCUGCUCCACAGCUCUGUCACCGGAUCAGGGUGCAGCAGGUAUCGCAUACUGGAUUCACUCUGCUCCACAGCUCUGUCACUGGAUCCAGGUGCAGCAG